UUCAUAAUUCAAGCCUUGGUAGAUCUAAAUAAAGGUAAAGUAAGUGAUGGCCUAAGCUAGUCUCAGUCGCUUAAGACUGCUCAAAAGGCCGUUGGGUGGCCAUUUUUUGGUGAAGGCGGCAAGAAGGUGAUGGAAUCAGCUAAACCUUGAACAUCAUUCCUAAUUGCAUUACCGUGUAAAUAGGUCAUAGUGUUUUACUAAAUUCUCCGUCUACAAAAUGCCCCAAAUCAGGGGGCGGCAAAAGAUUUUUUUCAUUGGGCGGAGGAAGGGCCCUCUGUCUCGUCUAACAAAAUGCUCCUUCAAUGUGGCAAAGACUUCGGAGUUACAAUUGAAUCAAUUCCACUCAUUGCCGACCAAAAAUGUACAGGAGAAUGGCCAAUUGAGGCAAGAGGUGAAAUGCACCUUUUUUAGGCCAAGACCGCCAAGACACAGAAAACAAGCCAAAAUAAAACAGUCACAAAAUGUCGCAUAGGGUAUAAACGCCUCCUCUGCUGUCGUGUUAUUGCGUAUCCGAUUAUUGAUCAAACUAGCCCUUGAAACAUUCGAUAUUCGACCCCAAAACAACGCCCACAUAAGCGUCCUUUUCUGAAAGCAUUUAUAACACAUUCCUUACACGGCAACAAAUUUCGCGUGUGAAUUUGCAUAUUUUAUAAUCUAAGGUCUUUUUCACAUCAACGAUGGAAUUUCGUAGUAGCCUUAUUGCGGUGUAAGGCCAAGCUUUCUUUUUUUUCUUGUUCCCUUGUGGCCUUGAGACAUUCAGUGAUGACAAAAUAGAUUAGAUUUUCAGAAUAUGUCAACUUUUUUUGAGUAUUGGUCGGAAGUAUGUUUGUAUCUAUCUCUAAGCAAUCUCGUAUAAGCUAGGAUGUAGUAGGGACCCUGGAUGCUAGGGUCUCUAGGAUGUAGUAAUAUCUCAUUUCGUAACAGACAUUCUUGUUUUGGGGCAAAAUAAAUGCUCAAAGUAAAUAUUGCGAAACCUAAGUUGAUUUGAGACUUGACCUCUUCAUCUGUGACAAUCAAUUGUUUGCAUAUUCGUUACCAAAUGAAACCAAAUGAGUGUUGAGAUUCGGUCUAUAAUCUGGUCUUAAAUUAUUUUUCCUGAUCCGGUAUCCCUGUCCGAGUACAAAAGAAGGCCAAUGGAACUGCCUUUCUGGGUUCAAACAAGAAGGCCAAGCAGUAAAAGCUGUCCUGUCAAAGAGGACAAAGAUCGGUCUGGAACAAUCCUGAUUGCAAAACAACGUCAAAAUGACUUGACUUGAUUGACGCUAACAAGUUACUCUCCAACUUUAGGAGUCAUUAAGUUAUUGUAACUGGAGUGACCUCAACUUCGAGUGGAUCAAGGAUUCAAUUCCCAAUGUGGAUUAAUCCCUGAGAAACCCGAAUAGUGUCGCUCCUGGUUCCUGAACAAAUCAAAGUAAUCACCCCAAAAAACAUAUAAAUCGAUCAGAAAUUCCGUCGCUCUGCCAAAAGAGUGAGAAUACUGCAACACAUUUGUCAGAAGAAGAAAAAGAAGAAAGAACUCAAGAUUCAACAAUAAUAAUUUCAAAAUGUUACCUUGGAAAGUGUAUUCGGCUCACACUCUCUCUACUUGGGGAGAUAACAUGUGGUGGUUUGCCGGAGGACUAUAUAUGAUGGAAUUGGCUCCAGAGAACCUCCGAUUAACUGCUACUUAUGGAUUGAUAUUAUCUGCCACCGUUAUCUUAUUGGGAGCCACUCUGGGGCGCUGGAUUGAUGACUCCAAGCGUCUCACAGCUGCGCGAACCUGUUUGAUGGUUCAAAACGUCAGUGUCGCCAUUUGUGCAGUCAUUCUCAGUUUGUACCUUCACCGCGAGAAUCCUGAAGAAUGGAUGCGAUUGGCCACAAUUUGUCUCGUUAUUGGCUUCUCUGCUGUUGCCAAACUAGCUUCUACCGGAAAUGUGAUCAUCCUCCAGAAGGAUUGGAUUGUGGUCAUCACGGGAAAUGACACUCACAUGCUUGCAAAUAUGAAUUCGAUUCUAAGGACAAUCGAGCUCACUACCUACAUGUUGGCGCCUGCCUUAGUUGGUCAAUUGUUCACAUUUGUGGGAUAUGUGUGGACCGGGGUCAUCAUUGCUUGCUGGAACCUUGUCUCAGUUUGCAUUGAGUACUUGUUGCUGGAACUCAUUUAUCGGACCCACCCAGAAUUGGCCUCCAAAGAGUUUCGGAAUCCCAAUCAAACAACGAAUGAAUCCAAAGAGGAUUCGGAGGAUACUCCUAAACGUCCCGCUCAAGUGUUGAAUGUCAUCCAGAAUUUCUAUCAAGCUUGGAAGUUUUAUUUUCAACACCCUGUUCGCAAUGCUGGACUAGGUUUGGCACUGCUAUAUAUGACUGUUCUUGGAUUUGACAAUAUUACCUACGGCUACAUUUUGACUCAGAGAAUCCCCGAGUCAGUUUUAGGAAUACUGGUGGGAGGCUCAGCCUUGAUCGGGGUCUUGGGUAGCAUGGCGUACCCCCAGAUCAAGAAACGAAUUGGCAUGGAACGCACCGGGCUCUUUGGAAUGUUUUUCUUGGUCUCAACGAGCUCAUUGUCAGUGGCGUCCCUGUUUCUCCCAGGUUCGCCAUUCCUGGCGUCUGGACGCCCAAUUCUUGAAGAUUCCUCCGAUGAGUUUCAAUGGCAAUCCGUGGCGACAUUACUAACCGGCAUUAUUGCUGCGAGAUUUGGAUUGUGGAUUACCGAUUUAACCAUUACCCAAAUCAUUCAAGAGCACGUUGAAGAGGAGAGCCGUGGAACGUUCAAUGGCGUCCAAGACUCUUUGAAUAACUCGCUGGACUUGCUUAAAUGCGUCUUGGUCAUCUUUUUGCCCCAACCUGAGCAAUUUGGCAUCCUCGUUCUACUCUCUUAUGUCGCAAUAUGUUGUGGCUGGGUGAGCUACGCUCUUUACUCAAGACAACAACGGGGACACUUGUUUCACUUCUGCCGCUUAGUCCGCCAUUUUUCGGCACCAGAGGUGUCCAAUCCAAAAGGCACCCCACCGACUAAUUCCAACCAAUUGAAAUCCUUGGAACAAAUUGAAGAGUUGGAACACAUGAUUUGAAGUUUUAUGGACCUCUGUAUUUAUUUUGCAAUUGACGAUGAGCAAUGAAUUCAUCUUGUUCCGGAGGAGUACAAUACAAAAAUCAGUGAGGGUUUAUAAAUUU